AUGGAGUACGAUUAUCUUAUUAAAUUUUUGGCCCUUGGAAACUCUGGAGUCGGUAAAACGAGUUUCCUGUAUCAGUAUACCGAUGGCACAUUUGAUGCUCGAUUUAUAUCCACUGUCGGCAUUGAUUUUAAGGAAAAACGUGUGAUAUACCAGACAGCUAAUGGUAGAACUCAGCGUGUGCAUUUACAGCUGUGGGACACAGCUGGCCAGGAGCGGUUCAGAAGUCUAACUACAGCCUUUUACCGGGAUUCCAUGGGUUUUCUUCUAAUUUUUGAUCUGACCAACGAGCUAUCCUUUCUUGAAGUAAGAAAUUGGCUGGAACAGCUUAGGACCCACGCAUAUUGCGAAGAUCCAGACAUAAUUCUCUGUGGAAACAAAUCCGAUCUCGAAGACAAACGGGUUGUUAGUGAGAAUAAGGCACGGGAUUUAGCGGAAAAGCAUGGCUUGGUGUACCUGGAAACGAGCGCAGCCACGGGCCAAAAUGUGGCACGUGCCGUGGAGAUACUUCUGGACCGUGUGAUGCGCAGAAUGGAGACUAUCGUGGACAAAUCGCUGUUGCCUCACCAAAGAGUGUUGCGCUGCCACGAGCGUGACACACCGCCUCCCAGCACCUCCUGCUAUUGCUGA